AUGCAUGUCUCUAUUCUUGUAACAUUGGUGACUCUUGCCGCAGCUCACCCUUCGGUCUCUGCCCCUAACCCACCUCCUCCUGGCCCACCUCCGCCUAGCCCACCCUCAGCAACAUGCAUCUCAGCCCCAGACGCUUCUCUAAUCGCCACAAACUUCGGAUUCACAAUCUCAAACUACACCAAAGACAUUGCAGUCCAAUUGUUCACCAACAACUUUACCGACCAAUCUGAUGGCGUACUCACUCUGAUGAACGAACCAGGCCUACAAGCCCAAGACCUCGGCAAACUGACCUUUGCUUCCAAAGCAGACUUUCUCGCCGCCCAAGGAGCUCAACCGAAUGUCCCCUUUGAAAUUCUCAAUCUGUGGAAUACAUGCAACACGGUCAUUAUUCGUUGGCUGUCUGCUCAAUCACCCUAUCCGGUGCAAGGUAUCAGUGUGGCUACGGUGCAAGCUGCUAUCAAAGGACAAGGUGGUGGUUUUGGUGUUGGACCGCAGAAAUGGCAGAUCAAUAACAUUGUUGCAGAGUUUAAUUCUGGUGCUUGGUUGGGUAAUCUUGGGUAUCCGGAG